CAGCUCUUUGUACGAUUAGGAGGGAAGCAGACAUUAGAUGGCUUGGAUAAAAAUCUCUUUGGUGAUAUUCCAGAGGGCAUCCAGCCAGGAAGUGUUGUGGAAUUUAGUGGCCAGGAGGGAAGUGGAAAGACAGAGAUGCUUCUGCAUUUAAUUGCAAAUUGUAUUCUUCCCAAGACAUGGAAGGAUCUGGCACUGAAUGGGCGUUCUAUUGGAGUUGUGUUUGUGGACUCUGAUUAUCAUUUUCAGUUACUGCGACUAGUCACAAUUCUUGAGCAUAGGAUAUUAAAUGCCAUAAGGGAAACACAAGGAGUUUCCAUGGCAACAGCAAAUAUCAACUGGAACAACUCAACCCACAGUGGUAAUCAGCAAUGUACUUCUGGCUAUCCUGAAAAGUACAACGAUUAUGAAAACUUUAUCAAAACUUGUCUCGGACACUUAUUUAUUGUGCAUUGCAAUAGUAGCCUUCAGAUGUUAGCUACAAUCUUAUCCCUGGAAAAUCUUUUAUCCGCAAAACCAGAGGUUGGGGUCUUUAUGAUUGACAGUUUAAGUGCGUUUUACUGGGUUGAUAGAUAUAAUGGUGGAGAGAGUCUGGCUUCUCAAGAAUCUAACCAACGAAAGAUUGUUGAUGCUUUAGCGAAGUACACACAGCAGUAUCAUGUAGUACUGAUUGUCACAAAACAAACAAUUUUUACAUCAUCUGAAAAGUCAAUUCAUAGAGACUACUUAUGCCAGAGUUGGCAAAGACUGGUUAAUUAUCGCUAUAAGUUUGACAGGAAAAAGACACAUAAUGGACUUGAUUUGAUGUUCUCAGUUUGCAGAACAUAUCCAUCUGGCAACACUGUCAGACAAUUUUGCAUAAAGGAAAGUGGCAUUGAGUUUGUAACCUAAUUAAUUUGCUUAAAGUUUUUGAAAUGAAAUUUUAAUUCCAAUAAAUAAGCACAGCAUAUCCAGCUUGUUGUUUUCUGCCUGCCAUAAAUUUGCCAAUCAGAUUGUUACAUUUUUCAAAUGAGUCUAUUGGUAAUAAUGAAUGUUACCAAGUAGACAUAGCCUGCAAAUGCAGACAUAUUUCUGGUUGUUGCUUUGUAGCAGACGGUACUGACAACACAAAUUAUGUCUGCAUUCAUGGGCUAGGUGCACAUAGACUGCAAAACAGUCGGUUUUUUUCUCAAAAUCAGUAAAGAAAUCGGUAGAGUCUUGCACGCGCGAAGCACACAAGCAUCACACGCCCUAUGGGCGUAUGAGGCGAGAGGAAAAAAAACCUUAGCGUCUCUCCCCAGUCUCGGUCACUGUUUUCAGCCUCGUUCCAGACCUUUUGUUUGACUGCUCGCGCGUACUUGAAUACGCAAAAAAAUGGACUGUUUUGCAGUCGAAGGUGCACAGGGCCUUCUGGAAUGUUUUAAAGAAGUGAAAGUACUGGUAGUUGGCUGAUUUUUGCCAUCUUUUGUAGGGGAGGACAGGCAGUGCCGUCAACAACCUCAUUCCCAGGGUUCUCUCCUACCCUCCCUACCGAGCGAGAGAGAGAGAGAGACCCUCUCUCUGUCUCUCGCUCCGUAGGGCGGGUAGGAGAGAACCCUGGGAACGAGGUUGUGCUGUCAACUCUCCCUGAUAAUCCGGGAGACUCCAGAUUUUGAACCGUAUUUUGUGUCAUCACAAUAUUUUGCAAUCAAAAAUGGGGUAGACUGUGAGCAACCUCUCUUUUUCUUCAGAGUUAGUGAGGAAAGUGCAUACAGUGCACGAGCGCCAAACUGCGUGUGGUCAUUUCUGUGUCUUGUGCAUUUUACUCGACGGACUAAUAAAAAGGAAGAUUGCUCUAAGAAACAGAGGAAUAGCACAUUAGAAAAGUUGCCAAAAAAAGACAAAUAGUAAGUGGUGGUUUUUGCCAGUUACCAGCUAUUUCGGUCAACCCUGGGUGCACUGGAGACUUAUAUUUGUAAAUCAGCGGGUUACUUAAAACAGUCAAGUGAGGCUAAGGAGCCUGCUUAGUAACCCUGAGCAAUCAAUUUUGGGACAUAUAAAAACUUCUUUUGGGAGGUCACUAUUAUUCCUUUAUUCCAAGGAGAUUGAACAUAAGGGGGGAGCAUGGUGUGCACCUCAGCCCCUACCAUUUUCUUUGUCUAUCCUCUAUCCCCAGGGGGUUCCAGGGAAGUCAAAUACCAACGAAAAGUGCAGAAUCUCUUGCAGGACCCAUCCUCGGAGACCCAGGGGCAGUUAGUUGGGAUGAUAGAAUGUUCGUGGUGAAAGUUUACUGUAACGAGACAACCAGUAAACUUUCACCACGAGCAUUCUAUCGUCCUGACUAACUGCCCCUGGGUCUCAAAGGAUGGCAGAACCUGGAUUAAAUCUAAAAUACAAAAUUUCUACCAGUUUUGUUAAAAUGUAUCUUCUAGUUAACCUCAAUACUUGUAAGGGGUUGCUGUAGACAGAGAGGAGUGGGCGGAGGGGGGGGGGGGUAACUUUUUCAUAUUUGAUUUUGUCAGGAUUUAUACCUUAUCUGUAUUGGUUUUUUUUUUAUAUAUAGAUUUGGGAUGAGUAUAGGGAAGGGAGAUGGCUACCUACCUUAAAACUUCCACUGUCCAGACUGUCAUAUAUUAUGAAAUCAGAAUGACGUUGAAAUGUCCAAUUUUUUCAGUACCGUAAAUUCAGUUCUAGAUCCUCCUCGGUCAUUAAUAAUUACUCCCGCAAUUAAUUUGAUCAGCGGCUAAUUGCUGUCGUCAUAGAGACGUCUUUNUAGCCUGCAAAUGCAGACAUAUUUCUGGUUGUUGCUUUGUAGCAGACGGUACUGACAACACAAAUUAUGUCUGCAUUCAUGGGCUAGGUGCACAUAGACUGCAAAACAGUCGGUUUUUUUCUCAAAAUCAGUAAAGAAAUCGGUAGAGUCUUGCACGCGCGAAGCACACAAGCAUCACACGCCCUAUGGGCGUAUGAGGCGAGAGGAAAAAAAACCUUAGCGUCUCUCCCCAGUCUCGGUCACUGUUUUCAGCCUCGUUCCAGACCUUUUGUUUGACUGCUCGCGCGUACUUGAAUACGCAAAAAAAUGGACUGUUUUGCAGUCGAAGGUGCACAGGGCCUUCUGGAAUGUUUUAAAGAAGUGAAAGUACUGGUAGUUGGCUGAUUUUUGCCAUCUUUUGUAGGGGAGGACAGGCAGUGCCGUCAACAACCUCAUUCCCAGGGUUCUCUCCUACCCUCCCUACCGAGCGAGAGAGAGAGAGAGACCCUCUCUCUGUCUCUCGCUCCGUAGGGCGGGUAGGAGAGAACCCUGGGAACGAGGUUGUGCUGUCAACUCUCCCUGAUAAUCCGGGAGACUCCAGAUUUUGAACCGUAUUUUGUGUCAUCACAAUAUUUUGCAAUCAAAAAUGGGGUAGACUGUGAGCAACCUCUCUUUUUCUUCAGAGUUAGUGAGGAAAGUGCAUACAGUGCACGAGCGCCAAACUGCGUGUGGUCAUUUCUGUGUCUUGUGCAUUUUACUCGACGGACUAAUAAAAAGGAAGAUUGCUCUAAGAAACAGAGGAAUAGCACAUUAGAAAAGUUGCCAAAAAAAGACAAAUAGUAAGUGGUGGUUUUUGCCAGUUACCAGCUAUUUCGGUCAACCCUGGGUGCACUGGAGACUUAUAUUUGUAAAUCAGCGGGUUACUUAAAACAGUCAAGUGAGGCUAAGGAGCCUGCUUAGUAACCCUGAGCAAUCAAUUUUGGGACAUAUAAAAACUUCUUUUGGGAGGUCACUAUUAUUCCUUUAUUCCAAGGAGAUUGAACAUAAGGGGGGAGCAUGGUGUGCACCUCAGCCCCUACCAUUUUCUUUGUCUAUCCUCUAUCCCCAGGGGGUUCCAGGGAAGUCAAAUACCAACGAAAAGUGCAGAAUCUCUUGCAGGACCCAUCCUCGGAGACCCAGGGGCAGUUAGUUGGGAUGAUAGAAUGUUCGUGGUGAAAGUUUACUGUAACGAGACAACCAGUAAACUUUCACCACGAGCAUUCUAUCGUCCUGACUAACUGCCCCUGGGUCUCAAAGGAUGGCAGAACCUGGAUUAAAUCUAAAAUACAAAAUUUCUACCAGUUUUGUUAAAAUGUAUCUUCUAGUUAACCUCAAUACUUGUAAGGGGUUGCUGUAGACAGAGAGGAGUGGGCGGAGGGGGGGGGGGGUAACUUUUUCAUUUUUGUUUUUGUCGGGGUUUUUACUUGUUUGGUUUUGGUUUUUUUUUUUUUUAAGUAUGGAGAGGGGUGGGGGGGGGAAAGGGGGUAUAUUUGUGGGGUGGCGGAUUUUUUAAAAAAAAANAGUUCUAAUUAAUCCUACUGAUUACAAUUUGUUAGUGUCGUAUGCUUGAUCACAAAAUAAAAUUGCUACUUUUUUCGAUCGAUCUUCUUUUCCUCUUUUAGUCGUAGGAAAUUAUCGUCAUAAAAAUUACUUUAUUUAAACAACGAAUAGUAUUUAAAAAGUGUUGAGAUGUAAGCUCAUAUUUAUGAAACCAUUUUUUUGCGUUUACCUUAUUAAAUUGUCAACAGUAAACAGGACGGAAACGAAGGGGAAGUGUUUGCAUAGACAGUACGAGGAAAAUUUAAUUAACAUUUUUCACCUAAGAAUAUAACGAUGUCCACAAAACUUAAGCUUACUUUAUGCUUUGAGGGGAAUUUUCUCUCACCAACAAAAUCAAUUAAGCUUUAUACUUUAUUUGUACUUACGCAUUCAACUUGCAGCAUGUACAUCGUGUAAUUUUCACUGUAUAAAAUAAUUGCAUAUUUACUGUCCCGAACCUAGACAUCGGUCAUAUAAACAAUAGGAAUUUUAGAAUCAAUAAAAACCAUACACUGUGCCAAUAAGUAAUAUUAGUACUUUGCUGCAUUGUAGAGACUGGAAAAGAUGAUGCAAAAAAAGGCGAUCAAAUGGAAAGAUUGAUGAAAGGAGAGGAGGUGGAUAUAGAUUUGAAAGAUCCUGAGGUACAGGCAGCAGCAACUAAGAUUCAAGCAAGUUUCCGGGGUCACAAAGCUCGCGAGGAUGUGAAGAAGAAAAAAGAUGAAGAGGCUGCAGCCAUUAAAAUUCAGGCCAGCUUCCGUGGUCACCAAGCAAGAGAGAGAGUUAAAGACAUAAAACUUACGCAGAGCCAGGAGAUGAUGUCAGAGAGUGCAACUGGUGUUGAGGCUGAUGUUGUGGGGGAUGAUUCCACUACUCUGCCUGAAGAAGCCACAAAACUAGAAGAAGACAUUUCGAGAGGACCAGAAGAGCAGGAGGCUUCGGUCCAUGAAAAACUUGAUGAGGCUGAAGGAGCGGGUACAGAGGCUGUCCCUGUGGAGCCUGAAGUGAUGGAGCCUGCUGUGGAAGGAGAUUCUGAAGUUCCAGACAGACAGGAAGUGGAGGGAGAGACAGAAGACGUGACUAAUGAGGGUGGAGCUGGGGAUGUUCAAGUGCAAGAGGCAGCAGAACCGGGAGAAGAGAAGGUGGAAGAUAGCGCAGAAACUGCAGAGGAGAAGGCAGAAGAUGCAGGCAAAACAGGAGAUGGGGCUGCUGAUGUCCAGCAGCCUGGUGAGGCUCAAGGGGGGGAGGUAGAAGGUGAGGCAGAACAAGUAGAUCUUGAUUUGAAUGAUCCAGAGCUGCACAGUGCUGCAGUUAAGAUCCAAGCUAGUUUUAGGGGCCACAAGGUAAGGGAAGGGGUGAAAACCACAAAAAGUUCCGAGUCUUUACCUCAAGAACCCCAGGGUGAAGGUGGAGAAACAUCAGAGGAGAAACCUGAUGAGGAGAAAAAGGAGGAAACAGAGGGGGAUAAAGAUGGCGAACCAUCUGUGCCUGAGGGUGCUGAAGAAUCCAAACCAUCAGAAGAUUAA